AUGUUAAUUCUUAUUGUGUCUAUAAUUGUGACACUUAUCCUCAGUUUCAUUACAUUCAUUUAUUUCAAGCUUAUUCGAUCUCAAAAACGUGUAUACGAUGCUUUUCGAGCACAAGGUGUUCCAAGUGAACCGUUUAUUCCACUUGUUGGUCAACUUUGGCACAUGAAUGAGGCUAAUAAAAUAGGUAGAGGUAUGGAUUAUAUUGUGGAUCUCGUACAAAAACAUGGCUCCUACUUUCUAUUUGGUUUUGGCCCAUUAACUCGAAUGAUACUUGUUGAACCAGAACUUAUAUCCGACGUUUUAGGUCGUUCAAACACUGCGAACUAUCAAAAACCACCUGAUCUGAUAAAUAUUGUUAAACCAAUUCUUGGAACACAUAAUCUUUUAGUUAGCGAAGGAGAUGAACAUGAUCGCGCGCGCAAAAUGCUAAAUCCUGCCUUUCAUUUUGUUAAUCUUCGUUCAAUGGUGCCAAUUAUGUCAAACGAAACGGUUAAGGCUAUCGACUCUCUUCUUUCGCUUGCAUCAUCAACAAACGAAGUCAAUUUGGAAAUUCAAAUGAAUAGCUUAACUCUUUCCAUCAUUGCAUCGAGUGCUUUUAGUCAAGGUUUUGAAACUACACCACAUGCUAAAGAGAGUAUGUGUACAACAUUUAAUGAGGUAAAAGAUGUAAUUGAAUAUCGAACAUUACAUAUGAUCAAUCAGAUCAAAUUCCUAGCAGAAUUGCCAUUUUGGGGUAAAAAAAUUGUCGAUGAUGGAGCAAAAAAAGUCAAUGAUUUUGUUGAUCAGGCAAUUGCUGAUCGACGAAGUGGAAAAUCAACUAGUUUGUGUGCUGGUCAAGAUAUACUUGAUCUUCUUUUAAAUGCUGUUGAUGAUAAGGGUGAAUCAUUUUCUGAUCAACAGAUAAGAGACGAAGCACUAACCUUUGUCCUUGCUGGUCAUGAAACUACUGGAAAUUUAAUGACUUGGACACUCUACUUAUUAAUGACACAUGCUGAAGUGUUAGAAGCGUGUCGCGAAGAAGUCGAUCGUAUUUUACCCAAUGGAACGAUUCCUGAUUUUGAACAUAUGGCUGAUCUUCAGGUAAUUGAAGCUGUUCUCUACGAAAGCCUUCGUCUUUAUCCACCUGCUGCAUUUAUUGUUCGUCAAUGCAUUAAAGAACAUACAAUUGGCGGUACUAAUGGUAAAUCUUCAAUUUUUAUUCCUGUUGGCGCUAUGAUUGUAAUUCAUAACUAUACCCUACAUCGACGAGAGGACUAUUGGUCUUGUCCACUCGAGUUUGAUUAUAAACGAUGGAUGCGUGAUCCAGUAUCUGGACUAAAACCAAAACUUACUCAUCCAUAUGCUUAUCUUCCGUUUGCAUCAGGCACGAGAAAUUGUAUUGGACAGAACUUUGCAAUACUCGAAGCAAAAGUGAUGCUUGCAAUGCUUGUACAACGGUGUAACUUCACGUUAGUACCUGGACAACAAAUUGUUCCUGAAAUGAAAGGUGUAACGAUGAAAACUAAAUAUGGUGUUACUGGCAAUGGAAUGAAUAUUCUUAUUUUCCUAAGUAUUCGUACUUAUCGCACCACUCCUUGCACAUUUUACUUUCUUAUUUGUUCAAUACUUAAUCUAGCUUAUAUAUCAAUCACUCUUAUUACUCGUAUUAUGAGUAUAGGUUAUGGAAUCGACUUCACUCAUACAUCAAUAGUUUGGUGUAAAUUAAGACAAUUCUUUGUUGUUUCACUUAGUUUAAUUAGUGUAACAUGUUCAUGUUUGGCAACAAUCGAUCAAUUUUUAGUUACAUCAAAGAAUGCUAAUCUUCGUCGAUAUAGUAAUAUGAAAUUGACAUAUCGAAUUACUUUGAUUUCCAUUAUAAUCUGGUGUCUUCAUGCAAUUCCUGUUUUUGUCUUUCGCGAUAUAAUACCGACUAGUAAUACAUGUGUAAACAUCAAUGCUAUCUAUGCCAUUUAUAUACCUCUAUAUCUUAUUGGUCUCUUCUGUGGCAUUCCAGUUUUAAUUGUAAUCAUAUUUGGGUAUUUGGCUUAUCGAAAUAUUCGUCAAACACAAGUUCUUCUUGAUCAACAUGCUGAUCGACAAAUAACAAAGAUGACUAUUAUUCAAGUAUUAUUUAUUAUAAUUUUUAUGGUUCCAUUUGGUAUUUACGCUACUUACAGUUCAAUAACAUCAAAUAUUGCUAAAAGUGCAGAUCGAUUAUUAAAAGAAUACUUUGCUUCAGUAAUUAUUUUAACACUAACAAGUUUUUACUUUGCCGGAAGUUGUUAUAUGUUUAUGAUUUCAUCAAGACGUUUUCGCCAAGCUGUAUUAGCUCGAAUAUUAUGGUGCAAAAGAACACAUCGAGUUAAUCCAUUGCAUUUAAUUACAAUUGGAAGAGUUAUAUUACCAUACAAUACAUAA